ACAAAAAAAAAAAAAAAAAAAAAAAAAAAGAGACUUAGUCCAAUAGGGUCUCAAUGAUGCCAUUAUAGUUUUUACUUUUCACUAUUUUUGAGUGCAAAAUGUUUCUCCUGGGUGUAACAAAUUGUUUUCUAUCGGUCUUACGACAAUUUCCUUCGGAUACAACCCAAAAAAGAUUUGACAGCGGGGGGAAGAGGGAACAUGUGUGGCUCUCUAAACAGAAGAGCUGGUCACAUCCAGCUUUAAAAAAAAAAAAAAAGCAGCAACAACAAACGACGGAUCUGACAUGUGCUUUCUCUACUUUCUUGGUCCUGUAUUAGGUAUUCUUAUGUCGCAUCGAUCUAGUGGGCCACUGCAAACACUCCCCAGACAUCUGAAGCAUCGUUUGCAUCUCUGUCAGCUGACAUCAAUGGUAUUUGGGCGCUUUGAUGUUGCCUCUUCAACCAACAGCUCAGCCGGACUCAACAUUUACUCCGCAUUCCACUCAAGACGACACGGAGCAUCGCGCGCAGCCAUCAAAUACCGUUUUUCUCACAGCGAAAGGGGCAAGCAGCUUCAGUCCGCAUUCUCCCAGCCUAUUCCGACUUCUGCAUAUUGUCGUCGCCAUCAUCGCCUGGACUGUAAACGGACAUGCUGUGCUCUUGCAAAGUUGCAGCAGGAACAGCAACAAGCACUCGAACUUAAAAAGAAGAUGGCCAAUAAUUACUUUAUGAGUAAUAGUGUCCGCAUGACCAACCAUAGCAAACAGGAUACUCAUAACCAUGCACGCGUGACAGGAUUGGUGGAUGCUAUCCCUGCAUUCUUGAAGUGUUCAGCAAUGAGCUACCGAGACAUCGCCAAGGCAAUGGUUGACAAGGGGGAGAUCAAGGACAUGAAGGAUAUGAAGGUCCUUGGGGGCUGGUACAGAUUGCUUUUGGAGAUGAUGACCCAGGCAGUGAUCGAGUCCUAUCUGUGCGAUGAAGAUACUGGAUUCGACACCAUUUUGGAUGUGUUUUCAUAUGGCGAUGAUCCCGAGGAUACAGAGGCAACCUUAAAGAAUUUCACAACUGAAGAAGACAUUGUGAAUCCAUCUACUACACCCUCGUCCCCUUCGUCUUGUCACAGCCCAUCAACUCCAGGAGUAGAGGGACUGCAUUUCCCAAACAUUAGUACAUCGAUGCCGUCAAUUCAAAAUCACUAUCGUCAACACCCAACGCCACCAUUGCAUGAUGUUACUACACAGGACCGUCAAGACGAUAUCCUUUUCGCAAAGACACCUGAGUAUAUGACCUUUAAAAUCGCCAAAGACGAGCGUUUACAUGAGGUAAAAAAAAAAAAAAAAAAAAAAAAAAAGUUUGUUUGUGCUGAUUAAUACACAUUUGUAAUUUACAGCUAAAACUUUUUUUUUAUUUUUUCCCUCCUCCUAGUUCUUGACACUGAAUGGCACAAAUAUGGAACAACAUUUUGCAGGGCUCGCAAAGAAAUAUCCAUUGAUUGUGUUUGAGCGUCAGAUGACUCACUUCAUAGCACGAUCCCAAAAACUGUUA